GUUGACAAACGGGUCUUAAACUUCCAAAACCCGAUACCAGACAUCGACUGCCCACUGGAACAACUCCUCCCGCCGAACCUUGAAGUCCUCAAAAUCACUCCCGCGGCCUCAGACCUUCCUACUCUGUGGAGUAUUCUGGAUCGAAAGUCGGAAAUCGUUCCUCAUCUCAGGAAGAUCAUCUUGACCCUUCACUAUCGAAAUAGGGUUAUGAAAAAGGAACUCAUUGCUGCUUUGCGAGAGCGUGACGAUUACGAAAAUGAUCCCGAGCUCUUCGAGCCUGAUGAGGAGGAUCUCGAGAAAAUAUAUCCUUGCGCAAGGAAGAGAGUGCUUCGGGCAUUCAGAGGCUGUUGCGAGAAACAGGGGGUGGAAUUGAUGCUCCUACAUGAGGACUCCAAGCGGAGGGAAGUAUUUGAAGAAGGCGCAGGACCAUCAGUGUGGGAGAUAGACGAUCAAGGCCGGCGAUAGCGAAACAAUCGAAAGCCAAUGAAACCGACGUCCCACGACUGCAGCUGCAGCGCUGUCACUCCCCGCCAUUGUUCCGAAUGGCAUACAGACAUUGGACAGAUGAACCGAGCUCUACGAGGGUCUGGACUCGCUUCUAUCUCUAAAACAAGUCUCCGUCAUAUAAUCCUUCCAGAAACCAAUCAAAUUCUUUGCUUGCUCAACAGGUUCUUCUCUCUUUUCUCAGUUCCGCAUCCCCGGUCCAUUCCUCAUCUGCCACACAGCAAGGUAGAACUCCACCCGGAAGAGGAAAAGAGCAUCGUGGCGAAUUUUUGCAACUAUCGCUCUUACGAAUGGUGGGAAGAGAUCCAAAACAGGGGUAGAGGAGUGAGGGAUGAGGGCUACGCUCCGCCACAUGACGCUAUAUCAUUCCUCAUUGUGCACAUCAAACUUCAUCCGGAAAUGAACAGUCCGCAACUUCUUGGCUGUGAAUCAUUUGAGUAUGGCGUAUGCUGGAGGAGUCCAAGGCGCAAGAAAGUGGAACCUGCGCAUCCCUCGCCACCAGAAUUCUGUGCACCGCGUUCGGAAUCUGGAUGUCCGCAUCCCAUUCGACCCCCCUUGCCUGGUGGCGAUUUGUGCAGGUGGGAUUGCAUAAGUUGGUUGGGAGGAUGGAGAACUCUCGGCAUUUAUCUAUUGUGUACGAAUGUGAAGGUCCAACUUUACACGUGCCCUCCGAUUAACAGAUAACCAUACGAGUUGUGAGUACAAAUUCACUUGGUUC